UUUAUCUCUCUGUUCGUCGUGUAUGAGAGCCGAUUGAACGCGGCAUAGCACGACGAGUCUCACUUGUUCUCCAAUUCCCUCGUCGCUUUAAGUUUUCUCUAAUUGCUGGACAGAUUCAAGGUGAAAGGUGAGAGCCCAUUCUCAACAUAAGUAGUGUGUUUGCAGAUUGAGAGAGAGAUGAAUGAUGAAUCGGUGAAGGUGAGUAAAGAAGAGGAGGAGGAGGAAGAAUAUGUGCUGAUGGAUCUUGACGAUGUUUCGAGGCAUAUUGACAUCCCACCAGACGCUCCUUAUACUCUAUCAGGUUUGGAUACUUUGAAUCCCAUAUUGACCAUUGAUGGGAAACUCAAGCUGGUUGGAGAAUACUUGGAGACAAUUGGUACAUGUCUUGCUUUCUCUGAUAAGGAAGUUGCAGCAGCUGAAAAUCAGACACCACGCAAGACUGUCGAACCUGUUGCCAAGAUCCACAAGAUUCUUAAGUUUAGGCUAGCAUUAGACAAUGAGGAUGGAGAAACAAGACCAACAUCCUUGUGAAAACAAGGUCUUUCUAGUUUAUAUAACGUAAUGUUAAGUGAAAGAGAGUGUCUUAAAAGUUUUCUGUUGACUUAUUGAAUCAUAAUUAACAAAACAAAAGCGGCAUGUGUUGUUAUUUUCUUAAGAAUCCAUCUGUAACUUUCUCUGGCUCUUAAAAAAAAAAAGACCAAAUCAA